AUGAAGUUCGCCAUUCCGCUUGCCUUAUUGGCGAGCGGCAAUCUCGCCCUGGCUACGCCCGAGCCGGUGCAGCCUCUCAAUCACCAGCUCCACAAGAGAGCGCUUGCCUACUCGGAACCCCAUUAUCCAUCACCAUGGAUGGACUCCAAGGCCAUCGGCUGGGAAGAUGCCUACGAAAAGGCAAAGGCCUUUGUCUCCCAGUUGACCCUGCUCGAAAAGGUCAACCUGACAACCGGUAUCGGUUGGGGUGCUGAGCAAUGCGUAGGCCAGACCGGCGCUAUCCCGCGACUCGGCCUAAAGAGCAUGUGUAUGCAAGAUGCCCCUUUGGCCAUCCGUGGCACCGAUUACAACUCAGUCUUCCCAGCCGGAGUAACAGUCGCCGCUACCUUCGAUCGAGGUCUCAUGUACAGACGCGGAUAUGCUUUGGGCGAAGAAGCCAAGGGAAAGGGAGUCACGGUUCUACUUGGACCUGUUGCUGGUCCCCUCGGCCGCGCCCCUGAAGGCGGCCGUAACUGGGAAGGCUUCUCCCCUGACCCUGUCCUUACCGGUAUCGCCAUGGCUGAGACCGUCAGGGGAACACAAGACGCCGGUGUCGUCGCUUGCGCCAAGCACUUUGUCGGCAACGAACAAGAACAUUUCAGACAGGUUGGGGAGGCCCGGGGCUAUGGCUACAACAUCUCCGAGACUCUAUCCUCCAACAUCGAUGACAAGACCAUGCACGAAUUGUACCUCUGGCCUUUUGUUGAUGCCAUCCGGGCUGGUGUAGGCUCCGUCAUGUGCGUCUACACCCAGGCCAACAACUCGUACGGCUGCCAGAACUCGAAGCUCCUCAACAACCUGCUCAAGCAGGAGAACGGAUUCCAGGGCUUUGUCAUGAGCGAUUGGCAAGCCCAGCACACUGGUGUCGCGAGCGCUGCUGCCGGUCUCGACAUGAGCAUGCCCGGAGACACCGUGUUCAACAGCGGCCGCAGCUACUGGGGAGCCAACCUCACCCUUGCCGUCCUCAACGGAACCCUCCCACAGUGGCGCAUUGACGACAUGGCCAUGCGCAUCAUGGCUGCUUUCUUCAAGGCCGGUCAAACCGUCGAAGACCAAGAGCCCAUCAACUUUUCCUUCUGGACCCUUGACACGUACGGCCCGUUGCACUGGGCCGCCGGAAAGGAUUACCAGCAAAUCAACUGGCACGUUGACGUUCAGGGCGACCACGGCACCCUUAUUAGGGAGAUCGCGGCUCGCGGAACAGUGCUGUUGAAGAACACCGGUUCCCUGCCCCUAGACAAGCCCAAGUUCGUGGCUAUCAUUGGCGAAGACGCUGGACCAAACCCCUUUGGACCGAACUCAUGCCCCGACCGUGGAUGUAACAAUGGUACCCUGGGCAUUGGCUGGGGUUCUGGCACUGGUAACUUCCCUUACCUGGUGACCCCCGACCAAGCCCUGCAGGCUCGCGCUGUUCAGGAUGGAUCUCGGUACGAGAGCAUCUUGAGGAACCAUGCCCCAACAGAGAUCAAGGCUCUGGUUUCCCAGCAGGACGCUACUGCCAUUGUCUUUGUCAACGCCAAUGCCGGCGAAGGUUACAUCAACGUUGAGGGCAAUGAGGGCGACCGCCUGAACCUCACCCUCUGGAAGGAGGGUGACGCGCUGGUCAAGAACGUUUCGAGCUGGUGUAACAACACCAUUGUCGUCAUCCACUCGCCCGGCCCCGUCUUGCUCACGGAAUGGUAUGACAACCCCAACAUCACCGCCAUCCUGUGGGCCGGCAUGCCCGGUCAGGAGAACGGAAACUCCAUUACCGAUGUCUUGUACGGAAGAGUCAACCCAUCCGGCCGCACUCCCUUCACCUGGGGCGCUACACGCGAAAGCUACGGCACCGAUGUUCUCUAUGAGCCGAACAACGGGAACGAAGCUCCUCAGCAAGACUACACCGAAGGCGUCUUCAUCGAUUACCGCCACUUCGACAAGGCCGACGCCCCCGUUCUUUACGAGUUUGGUUACGGAUUGAGCUAUACCACCUUUAAUUACAGCAACCUGAAGAUCGAGAAGCACGAAGUGGGCGAGUACACCCCCACCACGGGCCAGACGGAACAAGCGCCUACCUUUGGCAACUUCUCUGAAAACGUGGAAGACUACGUAUUCCCCUCGGAAGAGUUCCCCUACGUCUACCAGUUCAUCUACCCCUACCUCAACAGCACCGCCAUGUCUUCCUCUAGCGGUGAUGCGGACUACGGCAAGACGGCCGAGGAGUUCUUGCCGCCCAAGGCUAACGACGGGUCGGCGCAGCCAUUGCUUCCCUCAUCCGGCCAUCAUCACCCCGGUGGAAACCCUGCUCUUUAUGACAUCAUGUACACCGUCACGGCGGACAUCACGAACACGGGCAAACUGGCGGGUGAUGAAGUCCCACAGCUGUACCUCAACCUCGGAGGGCCGGAGGAUCCCAAGGUGGUGUUGAGAGGCUUUGACAGACUCAGGGUUGAGCCAGGCGAGAAGGUGCAGUUUAGGGCGGUGCUGACGAGGAGGGACGUGAGCUCGUGGGAUACCGAGAAUCAGGAUUGGGUAAUUACUGAUUUCCCGAAGAAGGUCUUCGUUGGGUCAAGCUCAAGGAAGUUGGAGCUUGAGGAGGUUCUUCCUUGA